GCCUGGUUGUCUUGUUGAUCAACAAAAACACAAAAAAGGGGAAGGCAGGCAGGGCAGGCGAGGCGAUCGAAGGAAGAGGUUUCAUCAUUUCACUCCAUUUCCCCUGUUUCUUCUUCUUCUUCUGUUCGUCUCUCGAGGGCUCUUCUUCUUCUUCAAUAUACUACUAGUUGGCCUUCCUCCCUAACAAGCAAGGAAGGAAGGAAGGGAGAAAGGCGAUCGAUCCUCUACUCUAGCCAGGAUACUCGUAUAGGAGUAGUUAGGAGGAGGAUAGAAGUUAGGGUUUGCGGUCGGGCAGAUCCAGGCGGCCGUGGCCAUAAGGGAAUCCGUCUGCCUUGGUCGGUGGAUGGGUGGGUGAUGAAGGCAGCGCCCACGGCGUCUCAGCACCUCAAGCGUCCUAACCUCGCCCGAUCCGAUCCGUCGCCCAUGCCGGCGCCCGCGCCCGCGCCCGCCCCCUCGCAGCAGGGGCAGGGGCCCUCCCAGAACCAGAAGCUCACCACCAAUGACGCGCUUCUCUACCUCAAGGCCGUCAAGGAUAAGUUCCAGGACAAGCGCGACAAGUACGAUGAGUUCCUCGAGGUCAUGCGCGAUUUCAAGAGCGGCAGGAUCGACACCGCUGGCGUCAUCAUCCGUGUCAAGACCCUCUUCAAUGGCCACCACGAGCUCAUCCUUGGCUUCAACGCCUUCUUGCCCAAGGGAUUUGCCAUCAAGCUCCAGGACCUGGAGAAGAAGCCUGUUGACUUCAUGGAGGCCAUCAAUUUCGUCAACAAGAUCAAGGCUCGCUUCCAGCAGGAGGACCACGUCUACAAGUCCUUCUUAGGCAUCCUCAACAUGUACCGCUUGCAUAACAAGUCCAUCCAAGAUGUUUACGGGGAGGUUGCAGCGCUCUUCCGUGACUAUCCCGAUUUACUCGAGGAGUUCAAGCAUUUCUUGCCUGAUACGUCAACCGCUCCAGAACCGGUAACUGUUCCUAGAGGUGUUUCAAGCAGACACGACGACAGGGGCCCACUAAUGCCCUCGGCAAGGAACGCGCAGAUCAUUAAGAGGGAGAGGGCUUAUCCAUCAACUGUCGAUCGUGACUUCAGUAUUGAUCGCCCUGAUCCUGAGGAUGAUCCCCACAGAAGGCGUGUUGACAAGGGAAGGGAUGGUAAGGUUGAUCGCAGUAGAAAAGAUUAUGAAACGGACGUGAAAGACGUUGAAUAUGACAGCAAAGAUUUGGAUGGAGGACAACGUAAGCGCAAACUAGCAAGGAAGAUGGAUGGUGCUCUUGCUGACACACAACAAGGUGGGGUUAGCACCUCUACUUCACCAUACGACGAUAAGGAUGCAUUGAAGAGUGCAUACACAAAGGAGUUCCGUUUUUGUGAGAAAGUAAAGGAGAAGCUAGAGCCUGAAGCUUACCAGGAGUUUUUGAAAUGCCUUCACAUAUACAGCCAGGAAAUAAUUACAAGGAGUGAAUUGAAAAACUUGGUCAACGACAUACUGCAGCACUAUCCAGAUCUUAUGAAUGGAUUUAAUGACUUCCUGGAACAGUGCGAAAAUAUAGAUGCCUUUCUGGAGGGAGUCUUCAGUAAAAGGAAAACAUCACAAAUAGUUAAAAUAGUAGAAAAAGGAUCUGCACUCAAUUCUAAGGAAGGCGCUACCCACAAAGCUACUACAUUCUCUAGCAAAGACAAGUAUAACCUAUGCAAGCCAAUAUCAGAACUUGACCUCUCAAAUUGUCAGCGGUGUACUCCAAGUUACCGACUUCUGCCUAAAAAUUACCCAAUGCCUCCUGCAAGUUGCAGAACUGACCUUGGAGCCUCAGUUCUCAAUGAUCUCUGGGUGUCUGUGACCUCAGGAAGUGAGGAUUAUUCGUUUAAGCACAUGCGGAAGAAUCAGUAUGAAGAAAGCUUGUUUAGAUGUGAAGAUGACAGAUUUGAGUUGGACAUGCUGUUGGAAUCUGUUAUUGUGGCAAUUAAGCGUGUUGAGGAGCUGAUAGAAAAGAUGCAGGACAACUCAAUCAAACCAGACAGCCCUAUACGCAUAGACGAGCAUUUGACUCCAUUGAAUCUGAGGUGUAUUGAACGGUUAUAUGGUGACCAUGGGCUUGAUGUCAUGGAUGUUCUUCGCAAAAACGCUAGUGUUGCACUUCCAGUUAUUUUAACUAGGCUUAAGCAAAAGCAAGAGGAAUGGUCAAGGUGCCGGUCAGAUUUUAAUAAAGUUUGGGCUGAAAUAUACGCUAAGAAUUAUCACAAGUCCCUUGAUCAUCGCAGCUUCUAUUUCAAACAACAGGACACAAAGAAUCUGAGUACAAAAGCUCUAUUAGCUGCAAUCAAAGAAGUUAAUGAGAAGAAAAGGAAGGAGGAUGAUAUGCUUCUUACUAUUGCUUCUGGGAAUAGGCGGCCAAUAGUUCCCAAUAUGUCAUUUGAGUAUGUAGACCCAGAAAUUCAUGAAGAUCUUUAUCAGAUCAUCAAGUACUCUUGUGGAGAAGUCUGCAGUUCUUCGGAUCAAGUUGACAAAGUGAUGAAAAUCUGGGCUACAUUUCUGGAGCCUAUUUUGGGUGUUCAUCCUCGAGGCCAUGGUGUUGAAGAUGAAAAACACAAUAGCAGAAGCACAAAGGCUGGUCCUGCAAAUGUUGAAAUUAAUAAUGCAUCAACAAACGGCACAGUUACUGUUAAGCAUGCUCAUAGUGAUGAAAUUGUUCCAAAGGAACAAGCUUCAUGUUCUCGUGCUAUAUUGGUGGGUGGAGUUGCAGCAGAUGCGCAAAAUAGCUUGCAGGAUGCUGAACGAACUGUUUGCAGGGAUGAGGAAAGACCUAAAACUAUGUUAGAUAGAAGGCUGCAAAAUACCACUCCUGCUGUUGAUGUGGUUCCAGCGGUAUAUGCACAAAACAUUUCCACUGAAAGAUCAGUGGAGAGCAGUCACCUUUCUCGGCCUGAACAGAAUCAUAGUAGAGCAAAUAUGGAGGUUAAACCAGGUAUAAACGCUUGCAGUGCUACUCCAGCUGGAGGUGAGGUUGUGUCUGAAGCUAAGGGUGGCAAUGAAGCAAUUAUGGGGAGUGGAGAAAUUAGGAUUCCAGGGUCUUUCAACAGCAAGGACAACAAACACUGUCCAAUUAAUGAAUAUUGUGGAUCCCAUAAUCAUUCAAAGGUUGAAAGAGAAGAGGGGGAAUUAUCUCCUAAUGGGGAUGUUGGGGAGAAUUUUGGGCCUUUUGAUGGUGUAUCUGUAGAUGGAGUUUCUAAAGCGAAGGAAGAUUCUACUAGGAGACUCCUCCAGGGUAGACCUAUGGAUGCAACCGAGUUUGCUGGAGAGAAUGAUGUUGAUGCAGAUGAUGAAGGUGAGGAAAGUGCCCAGAUGAUGGAGGACAGUGAAAAUGCAUCUGAAGCUGGUGAAGAUGCCUCUGGUAGUGAAUCUGGUGAUGGUGAAGAGUGUUCUCGAGAAGAUCAUGAGGAUGAAGAUGAUAUGGAUCAGGAUGAUCCUGAUGCAAAGGCUGAAAGUGAGGGUGAGGCAGCGGAAAACACUGAGGCACAAGAUGCCGAUGCAGGAAUAUCACUUCCAUUCUCAGAACGCUCACACAAUGCAGUUAAACCGCUUGCUAAGCAUGUUCCUAGAGCUUUAAAUGAUCAUGAAGAGAAGUUCUCUUGUAUAUUUUAUGGAAAUGACUCGUUUUAUGUUUUGUUCAGGCUACACCAGAUCCUAUAUGAAAGAAUACUGUCAGCUAAGACUAACUCCUCCUCAGCUGAAAAGAAAUGGAAAGCUUCUAAGGAUACGAACUUGCCAGACCAAUAUUCAAAGUUUAUGAGUGCACUGUAUAACUUGCUUGAUGGUUCUUCUGACAACACCAAAUUUGAAGAUGACUGCCGUUCAAUCAUCGGGACUCAGUCAUAUGUUCUUUUUACUCUAGAUAAGCUGAUAUACAAAGUUGUAAAGCAGCUUCAAGCGAUAGCUUCUGACGAAAUGGAUAACAAGCUGCUCCAACUUUACAUAUACGAAAAAUCCAGGUCACCUGGGAGAUUCUUUGAUCUAGUUUAUCAUGAAAAUGCGCGUGUACUUCUCCAUGAUGAGAGCAUAUAUCGAUUUGAACGGCGUUCAAAUCCUACAAGAUUAUCAAUUCAGCUAAUGGAGUAUGGGCAUGAAAAACCUGAAGUAACUGCAGUGUCAAUUGAUCCAAAUUUUUCGUCUUAUCUAUAUAAUGAGUAUCUGUCAAGUAUUUCUAAUACUAAAUUGUAUGACGAUAUCUUCCUUGGGAGGAAUAAACGGAAGCGUGGGGGAAACGAUGACUCUCAAGCUUCUUUGAAGGCCAUUGAUGCUUUCAUGGUUACUAAUGGUCUUGAAUGCAAGAUAUCCUGCAAAUCCUCAAAGGUUUCCUAUGUCCUUGAUACUGAAGAUUUCUUAUUUCAUAUAAGAAAGAGGAGAGUUUCAUCUAGUGGAACCAUACCUGAAAAGGCGGAUUUUGUGAAAGCUUAUGCUGUAAAAGUACAGCGAUUCCAUAGAUUUCUAUCAAGGCCCUAGGGUUAAGCGGCGAAAUUCUGCCGCUGUAUCAAAUCCGAGAUGCUGACGUGCUUCGAAAACUGCCAUGUGAACCUUAAUAUUCCAAAAUUUCAGACAACUGUACCUUUGGAAUAAUAGAUGGGAUACUCUGGUAAAUGCUGAAGUGUGUGGCAACCGUGAGUUCUCUUAAUGGCCUAAAAUUGUGUACAUAUGUAUCAUGAGAAUGCAUUUAUUCAGGUUAAUUGUACUGGCUACACUAACUUGUCACUCCUGUUAAUAUAGUUUUGCAUGUUAUCCUAUUUUUCUUGGGUGCUA